AACCAAUGGAAGACAGCUGUUUGUUGAUAAUUUGUUUUGGAACAGCGGCUGCGGGUCGAGCGUGCAUUUACUUGGCUUGGUCUUAUUUCUGGAAUUUUCUAAAUCACAAAGUGUACUAAUUUCAUACAAAAAUGGCACACUACAAAGGAGCUGCCAGUGAAGCUGGCAGAGCGAUGCAGUUGAUGAAGAAGCGAGAGCAGGCUCAGCAGGAAAUGGAGCUGCGGAAAAAGAAGCUGGAAGAGGAGCUGAAGGUUUCCAAUAUGGAAAACAAAUUCGCGACGCACUACGAUGCCGUGGAGCAGCAGUUGAAGAGCUCCACCAUCGGUUUGGUCACUCUCGACCAGAUGAAGGCCAAGCAAGAGGACAUCGUGAAGGCCCGCGAGAUGAAGAUGGCGCAAAAGAUAGCCGAGAAGGAGAGGGAGCAGGAACGGCAGCGCAAGGCCAAACGGGAGGAGAAACGCAGGCAAAAGCAACAGAUCCAGACGCUGUCGUUUAACCUUGAAGAAGAUGGCGAAGAGGAGGAAGUAGAGCGGGCCGAAGAGGUGGAAGAGGCUCACGUGGAAAAAACGAGCAUAAAACGAGAGGCGGACAGCAACGAGGACAGUAUGGAAGCCGACCCAGCUGUCACGGUCAAGAAGAAGAUGAAAAAGAAUCCUGAUGUUGACACAAGCUUCCUUCCUGACCGCGAGCGCGAGGAAGAGGAGAACAAAGUCAGGGAGCAGCUGAGACAAGAGUGGGUCGCCAAGCAGCAGACGCUCAAGGAGGAGGAAAUCGAAAUCACCUUCAGCUACUGGGAUGGAUCUGGACACAGGCGAAGCGUUAACAUGAAGAAGGGUAAUUCGAUAUACCAAUUUUUGCAAAGGUGUAUGGAGAUGCUGCGGAAAGAGUUUAGCGAGUUGAAAACCGUGACUGCGGACCAGCUGAUGUACGUGAAAGAAGAUCUCAUCCUUCCGCAGCACUACACGUUCUACGAUUUCAUCGUGACCAAGGCCCGCGGCAAGAGCGGUCCUCUCUUCCAGUUUGACGUUCGUGACGACGUGCGGCUGGUCAGCGACGCGACCAUUGAGAAGGAAGAGAGCCACGCGGGAAAGGUUCUCCUAAGGAGCUGGUAUGAGCGGAAUAAGCACAUUUUUCCAGCGAGUCGGUGGGAACCCUUUGAUCCGACCAAGAGUUACGACAAGUACACUGUUAACGACAAAAACUCAAAAAAGUGAUCUAAGCUCCCAAUGAGUUACUUGAAACUGUGUUACCUGAUCUGCACUCCAAGUGUAUUUAAUUUUACUUUUCAUUUUCUAAGACCUUACUUUUGCCUAAACUUAUUUUUUUUAGAUUUUCACCACUUGGUUGUAAAUAGUUGUCAUUAUAUUUUAUUAAACAUAAUUAAGAACUCGA